CAUGGGGCAGAAUCUUUCCACCCCUCCACUCCAAAAACCCAAUCAGAGGAGUGGCCGUAAUCUGACUCCUAGCACACUGGGAGCCCAGGGGCAGGCAAUGUGCACUGCACUCUGGCCAGGGAAGGCAUGAGUGAUAGACCCGCAGCGAGGCGGUGGGGCAAGUGUGGACCCUUGUGCACCAGAGAGGACAUCAUGGUGGCUUUCAAAGGAGUCUGGACUCAAGCGUUCUGGAAGGCAGUCACAGCAGAAUUUCUGGCCAUGCUUAUCUUUGUCCUGCUUAGCCUGGGCUCCACCAUCAACUGGGGUGGAGCAGAGAAGCCCUUACCUGUCGACAUGGUUCUCAUCUCUCUCUGCUUUGGACUCAGCAUUGCCACCAUGGUGCAGUGCUUUGGCCACAUUAGUGGCGGCCACAUCAACCCUGCAGUGACAGUGGCCAUGGUGUGCACUAGGAAGAUCAGCAUUGCCAAGUCCGUCUUCUACAUCGCAGCCCAGUGCCUGGGGGCCAUCAUAGGAGCUGGGAUCCUCUACCUGGUCACACCUCCCAGUGUGGUGGGAGGCUUGGGGGUCACCACGGUUCAUGGAAAUCUUACUGCCGGUCAUGGUCUCCUGGUGGAGUUGAUAAUCACAUUUCAGUUGGUGUUUACUAUUUUUGCCAGCUGUGAUUCCAAGCGGACUGAUGUCACUGGUUCAAUAGCUUUAGCAAUUGGAUUUUCGGUUGCAAUUGGACAUUUAUUUGCAAUCAAUUAUACUGGUGCCAGCAUGAAUCCAGCCAGAUCCUUUGGACCUGCAGUUAUCAUGGGAAACUGGGAAAACCACUGGAUAUACUGGGUUGGACCAAUCAUAGGAGCCGUCCUAGCUGGUGGCCUUUAUGAAUAUGUCUUCUGUCCAGAUGUUGAGCUCAAACGUCGGUUUAAGGAAGCCUUCAGCAAAGCUGCUCAGCAAACAAAAGGGAGUUACAUGGAGGUGGAGGACAACAGGAGCCAGGUGGAAACCGAGGACCUGAUUCUGAAACCUGGGGUGGUGCACGUGAUCGACAUUGACCGGGGUGAAGAGAAGAAGGGGAAAGAUCCGUCCGGAGAGGUAUUGUCUUCGGUAUGACUAGAAGACGGCACUGAAAGCAGACGAGACUCCUUAGAACUGUCCUCAGAUUUCCUUCCGCCCAUUAAGGAAACAGAUUUGUUGUAAGUUAGACACAAGCAGAUUCGUCAUUUCUCGCCAUACUACUCAGUCUAAGCAAUAAAUAUUUGAUUAAUUACCAAGGAGGAAAGGAAGAAACCCAUUGUGAAUUUCAAAUCUGAAAAAGAAUUCUCGUUAAAGCAUCCCCCAAAGUAAAUAUAGCUGUAGUUUAACUACUUGCCAUUUAUUAAUAAUCAAUUUGAAAUGUGUGUCACAAUUUGAUUGUCUUAUCCUAUAAAACAUAGAGACGUAUCUAUUAGCUUUUUCCUCCUGUAUGAGGAAAUUGGUAUCAUCGAUGUUAUUAUGAUUUGAAUAUUUGUUCCAUUAAGUCAAGAUUAACAGUGACCAAGUGCAGUAUUGUCACAGGGUCAUGCACAUUCAAAAGAAGAAAUAUGGUAAGUUCUUUCACAACCUCCUUAGUUAUAAACUAUCUCUGCACAAGAAAAUGAACAGUGCUCAUCUUUCACCAAUCAUCUCCAUUUUUAUUACAAAAAACGAACUUUCAACCUCAAUUCCAAUUCAUUAUUAUUCUUUUUCCUCCUCAAGAUAGUGUGGGCUAAAGCCCAGAGAAUCGGUGAUAAUAUUUGGAAACCCUCAAUAUUUAUUUGUUCCACCUUCUAAAACAUCUAAAUCAUUAGUGACAUCUAUUGAGAUUCAGGACAAGCAGAUGGAAAAUCUUAUAGUGGGUGGGGAAACAGUUACCAUGGUAUAAAAAUCACAAGAAAAAGGGAAAUCUGUGUUCUGGCAUCAAAUAGCUAAUCUGUUUUCAGUGCACAUCAUUGAAUGUAUCACACAAAAUUAACGAACUAAGCUUUUAACCACUUUGCCUUUUUUUUUUUAAUUUAUUGGCAGAACUGGGGAGUUUGUGUGCUUAUAACUUUGGUUGUCUGUGUUGCAAUAUUAGGUAAGACUUACUUUUCACAACAAGCGCAGUUGUUAAGCCCUGCUCACUCUGGAAGGUACAAACUGGUCCUGCACAGCCCAAACCUCCGCUACUCUCUCACUUCUUGUGACAUUUGUUGAUUUUCACCACAAAUGUAAUGAUAUUUGAGCAAAUUGAAAUGUGUGACAGGUCAGGCAAGUCGUGGUUGAGGCAUAAAAGGGAGUGUAUAAUCCAGCCUGAUUUUCAAAUGCUUUGUUACUGACUAGUGUAUUUGUUAAGGUAAUUUGUGUUCUCUGCACUGCUUUGCCUUUUGUCAGUAGAAUGUUCUCUGAAACCCUUGGUUUCUAUCAUUCUGACUGUCUAGUCUGCCUUUAUCUUAGAUAAAGAGCUGCUGCAAAUGUCAAUUUUGCAGGACAAAAGCUAGUAGUGGGGGGGGGGUGCAGCCCCAUCACUAUAAGGAGUGAGCAUGUAAAUAGCUGGUCAUCAAAGGCUUUCUUCUCCCCGGCACAGUUCCAACUGUGUGUCACUUUUUAGCAGUAAUGGCAGUUGUGUGUCUGUGGCAGCAAGAUAAUGGACCAUUAUUAAACCUGAUUCUCUUCGGUGCUAAGAGUGACGUGCGUGAGUACGAGGUUCUUGGAGUCAUCACACCAAUGUCAUGCUUCCGAGUGUCACUGCUUUCUUCACAUUUUUUAUGGCAGGUACCUAAAGCCCAGCCCUUCCAUCAGAAGUACACAAGUGAUAUGGGUCACUUCCUGAUGGGUGGCACCUGUAGAAACUACAGGGCAAAUCUACAAGGGUGGUUUGCGCCCUUUAUGUCAAAUACUUGCACAAUACAUCACUGAAGGCUUAAGAUCGAGGGGUGGUUCAGGUCAAAAAGUAACAUCAACUGUCAGCAAAUAUCCCAGCUCAAAACUAAAUUUAGUUGAGAAGCAAGAGUUCAGUGUAUUUCUGAAUAUGCUUAUAAAGGACAGGCUUAUAAUCACUUUUAUUCUAUUAUGUGGUUUACUUCAUAUACACUCACUUUUACAUUCGUUUCAAUGUUAGCAGUCAGUAAGUUAGAGGCUUUUAAAAAGCAGGUGAUAGUUCUAUAAUUUGCUUUUCAGCACCCAGCAGAGUGUUGGGCACACAGUAGGUAGUAAGUGUGUAGUUAGCCAAAACAUGGCGAUCUCAUUUGGGAUUUAAAAAUAGGAAUAAUGUUUUAAUUAUUUGUGUGAUAUUUAAUAAAAAGCGUGAUUUUGAGUAUUAUUAAAGGGAGGCAUUACAAAUGUGAACACCAUAGAAUAUAUUUUUGCAUUUGACUGUGUUUAGGGGCAUGAAGUGGAUGGAAGCUUCGGCAUUCUUGUUUUCCUGAAUAUGAGACAACAUAUUUUGUAUUUCACUCAAGGCUCUGCCAGUAAAAGUAAUGAAAUUGUACCUUUCUAAUGACAUCUAUGCAGCAGGGGUCUAUUGCCUGGUGGACGGCACCAAAUUAUCCGAGUGUAUUAGGAGACCAGGGCUUUUUUCUUUAAUCCCUUCUUAUUAAUGAAGUGCAUAGUGCCGCUCCCAGGAGACUGCAGCUGACAGAUACACAGAGAAGAGAUCAGAGAGGAAAACCAGGAAGACAUAAAUGAAUCAUACCCAGUCAUGGAACAAUGCCAGCUGGCUCUUCCCGCAGGAAGAGUACACAGACACCCCAAAAUUACAUGGUGGUCUGUACUCUGAAAAUGCACAUAGUUUCUCAAAAUGGUACAUGAGGGAAAGAACUAUUUUUUUUUUUUAAGUUUUGGAGGUUUUAUAAAAAAGAUCUUAAUACUCAGAGUUUGAAAAUGUGUUUCCAUUGUUAAAAAUAGCAUAUUCUUUCAGAAAUCCUCAGCUUUUUUAUACUGAAAGAGAGUAUUUUCUGGAGCCUAAAUAGUUGACGAAUUUCAAGCAUCUACACUGUAUUUCUGCCAUUUAACAUUUUUCCAAGUUCUUAUGUUUUCUAUUAUGUAUGUCUUUUCAUACUGCAGUUCAUAGAUGCUAACUCGAGUCACUGCUUGGUGUUGACUGUUGUACAAGAGAAUUGGAAAUAGGGGAAAAAUAUAUAUAAUGGAAGCAAGCUAUCUGAUAUGUUAGAGGCCUGACUCCUAACAGAAUCUUCUUCCAGUCCAUAAUCUAAGCCACUCAUGUUUAAACUGGAUAAUGACAGGGAAAUUCCAAACUAGAACAGCAAAUUGAAAUGCUAAAUUUAAUCCUGACAAGGGUGUUUACUGUGGCACAUUUACUCUGUCCCCACACAUUAUGAGCCUGUGACAGAGAAAUUGCCUUUGUGACAACUGAAGAUGACAGUCUGAGCUGAAUAGACAGCCUGAUCCAAAAAAAUAUAGAAAAGCCAAUAUAAAUCCUGACCAUCAGCACCAUACAGUGAGUUCAGAACGCUUUGUACCUAGAAAGCACAUUUGUCUUCCCUAGAGUGGUUAUAGCAUGAAAUCAUUAAGAAAAUAAGGUUACUAUGCAGAUGGUAUAAUGUAACUUUUGAAACCUAUGAUCCUGUGAAAUAAAUGGAAGGCACAUAACUCACGGAUUAGAAACUGUGGCCACUCACUUUUGCAAAAGACUAUCAAUGACCUAGAAAAAUCCAUAUCAAAUAAAUGCUACAUAGUAUGAGCAAUGAACACUGAAUUGAAGAGCAAGUAUAGUGUUAGCUAUUUGUGUUGAAAAUCAAAGAGCUAAAAGCACACCUACUUGUUUAACCCUACUAGAAUGUAUUUUCAGCUUCUCUUCAGGAUUAAUUAAACAUGCAAUUUGUGAAAAUAUAUACUCAAUUAUUUAUCAUUUUUAUGAUCCGGAUCAUAAUAAAAUUGUAAUUCAUGACAAAACAGGAAGAAUAAACUGAACAUAUGGUUACAUUCACAAUUAUUUAUUAACUGAAAUGUUAUUCCCACAUUAGAGUUCAUGUUAGAGAUUUAAACUGUAAUGUCUAAUAUUUGGAAUAAUCUAUUAAGGUAUUAGCACUGUGGUUGAUUUCCAUGAAUUAUAUUGCAUCUCAUACAACUAAGCUUGUACAAAUAAACUUCUGAAUGUUUUUAAAGGUAAA